UAGGGUUACCCACACAGUGUCGUCUUCACAGGUUAGGGUUACCAACACAGUGCUGCUUGCUGCAACUAACAAUGGCGGAACAAACUGAGAAGGCUUUUUCGAAGCAACAGAAAGUGUUUUUAAGCUCGAAGAAAUCUGGAAAGGGGAAGAGACCUGGAAAGGGUGGUAAUCGAUUCUGGAAAUCUGUUGGCCUUGGUUUUAAGCCUCCAAGAGAUGCCAUUGAAGGAACCUAUAUUGACAAGAAGUGCCCAUACACUGGCAAUGUCUCAAUCCGAGGUCGUAUUCUAGCCGGUACUUGUCACAGUGCUAAGAUGAAUAGGACCAUUAUUGUUAAAAGGGAUUAUCUUCAUUUCGUUAAGAAGUAUCAGAGAUAUGAGAAGCGUCAUUCUAAUAUUCCUGCACACAUAUCACCUUGUUUCCGAGUGAAGGAAGGAGAUCAUGUUAUUAUUGGUCAAUGCAGGCCACUCUCAAAGACAGUUAGAUUCAAUGCAUUGAAAGUGAUCCCAGCCGGAUCUGCUAGUGGUGCAAAGAAGGCGUUUACAGGAAUUUGAGUUUGAAAUUUUCAGUUAGCGUUGAAGACAGUUAUAUCUUUGUUUCAAAUAUUCUAAGAUCAUGAUGUAGUCAUAGUCAUACUUGAUCAAAUUUGGAUGUGUUUUAAUACUUUGCAUUGUUUUGAGCAGUUAAUCUUAAAGAUUUUGAUAUACAUUUUAGCUUUUGAAUAUUAGUUGCAGCAAUUUUUUGGCAUAGUUGUACUUGUAGUAGUGUUUACUCAUCUACUAUGUAUUUUUUUAUUGUCUCUUU